CACAAACAGCACCAUCAUCGCGAGCAGCUGCACGCCGACUUUUGGAAAAGAAAGCAAAUUUACGUGAAAAGCGGUGAAAUUCAGUAAAGAAAAGUGUGUCUAUUGUGAAGAAUUUCCUCCAGCAUCAUGAUGGGCCUUCCGAAUGUAGCCGGCUAUCUGGCCGAGCAGAAGAAAACCACCGACAAGGAGCUGGCUACCGAGUGGACACAAAUCGAGGAGCUGUACAAUGAGAAAUUGUGGAACGAACUGACCAUUAAGUUGAAUACGUUCGUUAAGAAUCCGGCUUUGCAGAAUGAGGAUGCCCUGCUCACGUUGUACCACAAUUUCAUCUGCGUUUUCGAAACGAAGAUCAACCCGUACGGUCUGGUGGAGAUCCUGACGGUGGUGGUGUCCCACAUUGCGGACAAGAAGGAAGCGAUCGCCUUCCUGGAGAAGCUGAAGGAAAAGGUGAAGGUGUGCGACGAAGCCCUUUGGAUGUGCAAGGUGCUGCAGGGACAGAUCUAUCUGGAGUCGUUGAACGAGCUGGACGAGACGAAAAAGAUCAUCCUGGACCUGAAGGAUAUUUUGGAGGAGGCAGGGAAUGUGACGCCGGUUCACGGAAAGUAUUAUAUGCUGGCUGCAAAUUACUAUAGGUUGGUCGGUCAGCACAGUGACUACUAUCGGUGUGGAUUGCAAUUUUUGGGAUGUUCGAUGGACAGCUACCCGAAAGACCAGUGGCCACAGCAGGCGUUUUUCCUGGGACUUGCCGCGCUGCUCGGCGAAGGCAUCUACAACAUUGGAGAACUGCUGGCGCACCCUAUUCUGGAAUCCUUGAAGGGAACUGAAAACGAGUGGCUAGUAGAGUUGCUCCAGGCUUUCAACUCUGGUGAUAUCAAUAAGUUCGAACAAAUGAAGCCCAAGUGGAGCACCAUCGCCGACCUGGCCGCCCAAGAGGUGAAACUGCGCCAGAAGAUCUCCCUUCUCUGCCUGAUGGAGAUGACCUUCAAGCGGCCGGCCAACAAACGGACCAUCACGUUUGAGGAAAUCGCCAAGGAAGCCAAACUGCCCAUCAAGGAGGUGGAAAUUCUCAUCAUGAAAGCCCUGGCCCAGGGACUGGUGAAGGGAGCCAUCGACGAGGUGGCCGGAGUCGUUAACAUGACCUGGGUGCAACCGCGGGUGCUCGAUCGGAAGCAGGUCGCAGCGAUGGCCUCCACCCUGGACACCUGGAUGGCUUCCAUUACCUCGAUGGAGCAGCUGAUCGAGAGCCGGGCGAGCGAAAUCCUCACGAACUGAAUGGGUGAAGUGUUUGCCUCAUCCGUAUAUGAAAAAUAUUGAAACUAAUUUUUGUACUACGUCAAAAUAAAGGUUAGCGAUUAUAUUAAUGGAAAA